ACGGGCUUUUCACCCGGCCCGCCGCUGCUGAAGGGCACCCCCUGGAGGCCCCGCUGGCGGUUCCGAAGAGUAGGGCCGUACACCUCUGAUGAAAUCUCGCCCUUCCCCGCCCCAGGCAGCGAGCGGGGCAGGAAGCGGUGGCGGAGCGAGUAUGGCGGACUAUUCCACGGUGCCUCCUCCUGCUUCAGGCGCACCCGGGGGAGGCGGCGGUGGAGGUGGAGGAGUGAACGAUGCCUUUAAAGACGCGCUGCAGAGAGCUAGGCAGAUUGCAGCAAAAAUUGGAGGAGAUGCUGGUACGUCCAUGAAUUCCAAUGACUACGGUUAUGGAGGACAAAAAAGACCUCUUGAGGAUGGAGAUGGCUCUUGGACAAGUCCGAGCAGUACAACACACUGGGAGGGAAUGCCCUCUCCUUUUAAAGAUCAACCAGAUGCUAAGAAAGUUGCUCCUCAGAAUGACUCUUUUGGAAAUCAGUUACCACCAAUGCACCAACAACAAAGGUCUGUGAUGACGGAGGAGUACAAAGUUCCAGAUGGAAUGGUUGGAUUCAUCAUUGGUAGAGGUGGAGAGCAGAUCUCACGCAUACAGCAAGAGUCAGGAUGUAAAAUACAGAUUGCACCUGACAGUGGGGGCCUGCCUGAAAGAUCAUGCAUGCUAACUGGAACCCCAGAAUCUGUUCAAUCAGCAAAAAGAUUACUUGAUCAAAUAGUUGAAAAGGGAAGACCUGCACCUGGCUUUCAUCAUGGUGAUGGACCUGGAAACGCAGUCCAAGAAAUUAUGAUUCCAGCAAGUAAAGCAGGACUAGUUAUUGGUAAAGGUGGAGAGACAAUUAAGCAAUUACAGGAGCGAGCAGGUGUCAAAAUGGUCAUGAUUCAAGAUGGCCCACAGAACACUGGUGCUGACAAGCCCCUUAGAAUAACUGGAGACCCUUAUAAAGUUCAACAAGCCAAGGAAAUGGUGCUGGAGUUAAUUCGUGAUCAAGGUGGCUUUAGAGAGGUGCGCAACGAAUACGGGUCACGAAUAGGAGGAAAUGAAGGGAUAGACGUUCCAAUACCACGGUUUGCUGUAGGUAUUGUAAUUGGAAGAAAUGGAGAGAUGAUAAAAAAGAUACAGAAUGAUGCUGGUGUUAGGAUCCAAUUUAAGCCAGAUGAUGGAACAACUCCUGAUAGAAUAGCCCAAAUCACAGGGCCUCCUGACAGAUGUCAGCAUGCUGCAGAAAUUAUUACAGAUCUCCUUCGAAGUGUUCAGGCUGGUAACCCUGGUGGCCCAGGAGGACCUGGUGGUAGAGGAAGGGGUAGAGGUCAAGGCAACUGGAACAUGGGGCCCCCUGGUGGAUUACAGGAAUUCAAUUUCAUUGUUCCCACUGGCAAAACUGGAUUAAUCAUUGGCAAAGGUGGUGAAACUAUUAAAAGCAUAAGCCAGCAGUCUGGUGCUAGAAUAGAACUUCAAAGAAAUCCUCCUCCUAAUGCAGAUCCAAACAUGAAGAUGUUUACUAUCCGUGGAACACCCCAGCAAAUAGAUUAUGCACGGCAACUUAUAGAAGAAAAGAUUGGAGGUCCCGUAAAUCCAUUGGGUCCACCUGUUCCCCAUGGACCCCAUGGUGUUGUUCCUGGCCCUCAUGGACCUCCUGGGCCACCAGGCCCUGGUGCUCCCAUGGGACCAUAUAACCCAGCUCCUUAUAAUCCAGGGCCUCCUGGCCCAGCACCUCAUGGUCCUCCAGCUCCGUAUGCUCCACAAGGAUGGGGAAAUGCUUAUCCGCACUGGCAGCCACCAAACCCACCAGAUCCAGGUAAGCCAGGAACAGAUCCUAAUUCAGCAGCAUGGGCAGCUUAUUAUGCUCACUAUUAUCAGCAGCAAGCACAGCCACCACCUGCAGCCCCUCCUGGUGGACCAGCGACAACCCAAACCAAUGGACAAGGAGAUCAGCCAAACCCAGCACCAGCAGGGCAGGUUGACUAUACAAAGGCAUGGGAGGAAUACUACAAAAAAAUGGGUCAAGCAGUUCCUGCGCCUGCUGGAGCUCCGCCAGGUGGUCAGCCGGAUUACAGCGCAGCAUGGGCUGAGUACUACAGGCAGCAGGCAGCAUAUUAUGCCCAGACAAGUCCCCAGGGAAUGCCACAACAUCCUCCAGCACCACAGGGCCAAUAAUAAGAAGUGGACAAUACAGUAUUUGCUUCAUUGUGUGGGGGAAAAUACCUUUGUUAAAUGUAUGGAUGCAGACGCCUUGAUGAAGAUCUUAAUUUUGUUUGGUUUAAAAAAAAAAUAGUGUUUUUGAAAAUGUACAAAAUAUCUAUCACUACUGAUAGGAGGUAAUAUUUCUGUGUAGAAAUGAAAAAUGGUUUGUUUUUAGUAUUAGUGUAGAUGUACACAUUCCAGCAAAUGUAUUUGCAAUUAUGUGGUCAAUGCUUUGUGAUAUAAAUGUACUUUUUCAAUGUAUUCUUUAUCACUUUUAAAAUGCCUGUUUUGUGCUUUACAAUAAAUGAUAUGAAACCUCCUGUGUCGGUAAGUUGGAUAUGUGGGUAUUUAAAGAAUUAUAGGAUUGAUUUACAACGCUGAAUCAAGGUACCUGUACACAAAUGAGAUUAUUAUUUUUUUUCCCCUUGGUACUUUGUUGAGUUUAAACAGUUGUCAUUAGCAUGUUUUUCCCCUCUUGCAGAAUAGUUGUAGAUGGAGGAUCUCUUUCAUUCAUUGUAUAUUGCUGCCUAGCAACAGUAAUCUUGAUAUCUUAAUUUUCUUUCCAUUUGGUUAAAACUGCAUGUGUUGAAGGUGAUCUUUUGGCAUACUUCCAUUGCAUUAACAGUGAAAUUUCCUUUUACAUGUGACCACUGUUUCAGACCUGUGCAGCUGUUACAACAGAUGACUUUUGUUUUUAAUUGAAUACUUCAAACCUGUUUCUGCAUAACUAUUUUAAGGAUUUUUUCAGGCUAGUUAUAAAAGUUAUUUUAAGUUUAAUGUGCUUAAGCCUUCAGUUAAAAGUAGUUCACUCAAAAUUCAGUGUAGAAAAGUCAAUGUGGUCUGCAUAGUAGUUACAGGAAUUGCAUCUGUCCUUGAAACGCUGUUUUGUUUGAGUGAUGGGGAGUGGUUGAGAACUUCCUGCAGAGCAGAUAACUUCUAUUUUCGUAAAUACUCCAGUACUUGAAUCGAUUGAUUUUUAUUUUUCUUAAUAUACUUGAAAUUUCUUCUUGCUCUAAUGCUCAUACUAAAAAUCUGAUUCUCUUGAAAUCCUGUUUGCUCUUUGCAUAUUUAUUGGCUCUUUGCAUAUAUUAGAGAACAUGCAAUACAGUCUGUCUUGCCAUUGUCUGUUGAAGUGCAGGUUUGAUCCAGCCAGUAUAGAACUAGCUCUGUAGGGGUGAGGAGGACUGUGCUGUGUAUCAUCCUUGAUUGUUCCUUCAAGGAGCAUUGCACUGUAAGUACAUCAGAAUGACAAAUUGAUGAACUGCAACAGUAUCUUUUUGUCAAUGUUCCACAUAAUGAAAAUGCCAUACUUGUGUGAAUAUUAUGUUGGAAUACAGUGCUGAUAUCUUAGGAAAUCGUAAUUGCUUCUUAAUUCAGAAACAUAGGUUUGCGUAUAUACAUAUUAUAUACACAUAAUGUGAGCUUUGUGGGUAAGUAUUCCUGAAUGUUAUAGCAAUAGAAAAAAAAAAAAGAAAAAGAAUUAUGUUGCUGUUUAUCUGAGUAAUAGUAUUUUCUUUAGUACUCUUGAGACAGCUGUAUCAUUCAGUGUAUUAAAGUAUGCAUAUCGUAACAUUGAAGUUUUUGGAACCACUUGAUAGACAGAAGUUGUUUUUGUCAUCAGAUAGUUUGCAGAUAUGUAGUGAUGUAGGUAUGUUUUAAUUCUAUAACUUACUUUAUCUUCUUGGAACAACGUAUUGUUGCUUUGAGAAUGAAUUUUUUUAGGGUGGCUGCACAGAGAAUUAAAAGUUAAGGCUUGAAAUUUGAAGUAGUUGAUUCAGGUAAUUAGCAAUAUAUGUACUGUGCUGUAGAAAUGGAAGGAAUUAUUUUUAUCCCUUUAACAAUUAGGAAUUACUCUGGUACCUUAUAAAGAAUAGGAGGGUAUUUUCUAUCUUUAGUGUAGGGUAUGAAGUAUAAUAGUUCAGAUAUUUUGCAUGGUAUUUUGUAGAUAAUCUUAAAGAGUGGUGCAUUUGUUACGUACUGAACUGAGCAAAAUUGAAUUCACUGGAUUCUUUAUCAUUCACAAAAUGGAGGCUGUUGAUUUUGAUUCAUUUAAGGUAUAAAAUCUUUAUUAAUUGCAAACAGUGCAAUUAUUUAUACUUCACAGUGCCUUCCCAGACCUUCCACCUUAGGUUCUGCUGCAAAAAAGCAACAGGUAAGCACAACCUAAGGAAGUAUAUAAAUUUAAAUAUUUCAGUACAUUAAUGUUGUCCCUGUGAGAUCUUUGUGGUUGUGUAUUGAAAAGCAAUCUUCUGCUUACCCAAAUGCAUUGUUACUCACGGUUCCAUUUCAGUGGAAAGUCUCUUUAAGUUUUUAAACAACUGUUCAUAUUUCUGGGUAAAUAUGUUUUUUUUGUUUUUUGUUUUUUAAAGAAAAGAUGAGUAGACUGCAGUAACUGAAGUCAAGCAGAAUAAGUAGUUGUUUUUUGUUCUUUUUCCUCAAAUAGCUACUUGUUGCAAUUAAAGAAUCAAAACUUUUACAAUAUGCAGGAAUUACUUGUGAUAGAAAUGUCAACAGCCUUCACAAAUGUUUUUUAUAGUAGGGCACUGUUCUGACUCAGCCCAUAAGACGUAAAUACAAAGAAUAUGACUUCUUGUUGCCGUUGAACUUGAUGACUUGUCUUACAGUUGCAGUGUUUUAGUGGCAUUUUUAGAUAACUUAGUUUGUUAAUUCAUACUUGACAUAGUAGGAAAAUAGAAUCUGGAGUUUCACAGAUUAGUAUGUUUUACUUGGAAAAGCAUGUGCACCAAUUAAAUGUUAACAAUACAGCAAAUAAUAUUUUAUCCAUAUAUCAGUCAGUGUAUCUUGUUUCUUGAUACUUUAACUGAAUUGCUGUAUAUUUUGAUAGUUAAAAUGUUUGUAUGUCUUACAGAUGGUCUGGUACAGGUUUUUCCUCUUUUUUUUUUUUUUUUUUUAGCUUAAAGUAAAGCAGCAUCUGUUUGGUUUUUUGUUGUUGAUUAUUCUGUUUCUGAAAUGUGCUGCUCCUCUUUCAAAAGUCCUGCUUAUCUGUACAUUCAAGAAAAAUAUUCAAAAAUACUGCCUUCAUUUUCACACACAGUGCUGAAGAUGCUGCAAGCACCAAAUCAUAGCUCAUAGAAUCAGGUCCUGAGAUAGUUACUACCAGUAAAGAGGAAUCCUUUGAGUGUAUGCCAUUGGUGAGCCGAUGAGCAUGGACCAUAGAAGGGCUCCAUGUAGAAGGUAAAAUUGGCAAAAGCAUAACAGAUUUGAAAUGUAUCCCAUGGUGUAGGGUAUAAUUUUUGUUUUGAUCACUUUUCAUUCUUUAAAGUAUUAUUUGUUUGACCAUAAAUGUUCCAUGAUCUGUUAUUUUUUUAAUUGUGAUUUAAUAAUAUUAAACAAGCAGUUUUAAUUUGUAUUUUUCUAUAUGGUCAAGCUUAGAUAUCUUGACUUUUUGAACUGAAUCAAUAGUUGUCGUUUAGUUUCUCAAGCUACUUAAUAUUUGAUUAUCUGUAGUGUGAUAUGUGAUUUGACUUCAUUUUUGACACAAGAAAAAGUUAGGUGUGUACCGUUUGGAUUUUGAUACUGUGAAUUUAGUGUUGGGGUGAGUCAUUUCUUCACUUCAUUUUACAUGGUACUUUUUUGCUUAUAACUGUCAUUCCUGAAAUACUACUAACAAUAUUUCAAUUGGUAAGUUUAGCCAGUGGGAGGAAAUGAGGAAGAAAGCCAGUUUAUUGGAAUGUUGCUAGGGUGUGGAAGACGAGUUUCUUACCUCAGCAUAUAGCACCUGAGGUGUAUUGACUGUCACUGCAGAGCUUACAGGCGUGCUGUUUUGUACUACAUGAGGUGGUUAUUUUUCAACUCUCCAAAUUCGUAGUUCUUAGGAGAAUUUUAAAAAAAGGAGAAAAAAAAAAAACAAAAACCAAAAAACACCAACAUUGUUGGAGUUACUUUGAUGGCAGAAGUUAAGUAGACUUUCUUAGAAAUGUAAUGAACUUGUCCAUAAGCUGCGUUUAUGUGGUUCUUUUUUUUUUUUUUCUCUU